CUAUGGCACCGUUCUUCAACUUCACCUCUUCAUCGAGUGCUAAAUUGUCAACAUCAUUUUGUCUUUUGGAUUUGGAUUUAUCAGAUUAUUUUCGUGCAGUCAAGAUAAAUGUGAGAGGAUAGGUUUCCAAAAACAAAGGAAAUUUAUUUUACUCUAGUAGCUCAGUUUUAGAUUAGGAUAGCUUGUUAAAAUGUCUACCGCCCGGAAUGGAACUCAUAAUUUUAAAGUGGUGUUGCUGGGAGAAGGAAGUGUGGGUAAAACAUCUUUGUUGUUACGAUACGUCGAAGAUAAAUUUAAUGAAAGACACACCAGUACGCUGCAGGCAACAUUUCUCAACAAAAAAAUAAACUUGAAUGACAAAAGAAUCAAUCUAGCGAUUUGGGAUACUGCUGGUCAAGAAAAGUUCCAUGCGUUGGGCCCCAUCUACUACAGGAAUUCCAACGGAGCCAUAUUGGUGUAUGACAUUACUGAGGCAGAUUCUUUUGUGAAGGUGAAGAACUGGGUAAAGGAACUGAGGAGAAUGCUCGGUUCUGACAUUGUGUUAAUAAUAGCUGGUAAUAAAAUUGAUUUGGAGCAUGAGCAGGCAGUGCCUACUGAAGAAGCUGAAAGCUUUUCAAAAUCUGUUGGUGCUCAACACUACUACACAUCGGCAAAGGUAAACUAUGGAAUAGAAGAGUUAUUCCUUGUGCUCGCCCAGUUGAUGUUACAAAAGUAUGAACAAGGCUCGCAAACUAACCACGAGGCAUCCAGGGCCUCUCAGGUCUUGAUAGUUGAUGAUGAGGAACCAGCUCAUAGGUCAUGCUGCUUCAACUCAAGCCGCAUCUAAACUGGUGAAACAGAAAAUCUUGUAAAAUAUAUCAAUGUUAUAUUAAAUUUAUAAAAG